AUGAAGCAGUCAAACAAGUUGGAAACCUGGGGCAACGAAACUACAAUGAACUUAAAUAAUAUUCUUUAUCAGAAUAUUCAAGCCUCACCUUAUUUCAAGCAAUUAUAUGAGUUGAAAACGUAUCACGAAGUGAUUGAUGAAAUAUAUAACCACGUUGAGUCACUUGAGCCUUUCCUUAAAGGGACGACAGCAUCGACAGCAUUUUGCUUGCUAUAUAAACUUUGGACUCUUCGAUUAACUGUCAAGCAGGUGACUGGUUUGAUUGAGCAUACUGAUUCUCCACACAUUAGAGCUUUAGGAUUUUUAUAUCUUCGUUAUGUUUGCAAGCCAGCAAGCUUAUGGGAAUGGUUUGAAGAAUACUUGGAGGAUGAAGAACAAGUACAAAUCCAAGGUGGUCCACGGCCGGUCUCAAUUUGGGUCCUAAAGGCAUAUGUUUCUAAUAACAUGUUUUUGAAAAUCAGAACUAUUGGUAAAAUGUGCCGCCAAUUGUUAACUGAUCAAAAAUGGCUUGGUACCAUUUUACCUCGUAUUCCUGUACCUAUUGCUCGUGAUAUCGAACAAAAACUCAAGGAAAGGUUACAACCUCCCACUUUGCCAAGGAGAGAAUCUCCAUCAUAUGAUCUAGAUCCUAGAGUAUCAGGUUCCUCAAAAACAAGACGAAGAUACAGAACUCCAAGCCGUGAACGUAGGGCAGAAAGGGACUACGAUCGCCGUGCAUUUAAUAAUGAAAAUGAAUCCAUUGAAGACAAGCUUUGUUUCGGACCUUACCGCCAAGCAACCACUUUCCAAACCAUUGCUAAAAUCAAGGAAAUGGUAAUUGAAGACCCUCACGCAACUAUUAGAGAAUUAGUUAACCUUGUGGGUAUCUCCCAAGAACGAAUUAACCAUAUUCUUACUAAAGAGCUAG